AUCUCGCGACUUUUGCGAAUCUUGGGGUACCAUUUGAGCCAACAGGGCGCGGAGAAGAGUUUGUCAGCGAUAUUGCCAUGUUGAGAAAAAGGCGCUGUUUUUUUGAUUGCGAAAGUAAAUACCAUUUGUAUGGCUUACCGAAGGAAGACUCAGUGAAGAAUCAGUGGUUCAAAUUCAUGUUUACCACGGUUCAGCAGACGUACAAAGGCCCCUACCUUUAUUUGUGUUACCUUCAUUUUGAAGCGCAUUGCUUCCUAAACUGGGCACAGGUCAAGGCUGGAUUUUCGCAAAAGUUAAUGCUGAUAGAAGGGUCAGUUCCCACUUUGCUGGGCCAUUCUGGAGAUUCAGGAUCACAACCUGCGGGUCAAUUCAAAGCGGGAAGUACGUCAGAAUUAAGGCUCGAGGAGGAGCAGGACGGAUCGAUCCCGACUGUGCGAGACCGUUCUGUUAAUACAUCCAUCAUGGACCCAAAUGUGAAAUCAGAACCUGAUGAUAUUGUGGUACCCGACACAGCAUUGACUCCAGCAGCGACUACGGAAAAAGUCAAUUGUGCUUCAGAAUUAGGGCUCAACAAGGGAGGAUCAAUCCAGACUGUGCAAGACCCAAGUGUGAAACCCAAACCUGGCACCGCUGACAGUUCCUGUCGAAUUUUGCCUCCUGUAAGACACGUAGCCUCCCAGACUGACCCCCCGAAGAUAAAAUCGGUCGGCACACAGCUAUCCAUGCAAACUCUGCAGAAUCCCUUUCGAAGUAAAGCUACCCAGGUGAAGAUGCCCAGCAGAGAUUGCGGUGUGUGGACCGACACCUUCCCCUUGGACAGUCCACUACUGCUCCUACAACCAACAUUAGUAAAGAGACCAUCCAAGAGACCUCGACUCAGCCUUACAGACGAGGAGGAAGGCCCUUCAGAACCCAGCUCGUCUGUGGCCGUUCAUGAACCAGAGGACUCAACAUGAGUCUGUGGACUCAGUCACUGUCGUGGGCUAGCGGUCUCUUUUCACCUUCUCAUGGAGAGGAGUUGGUGGAUGACAGAUUAGUGAAUGGGACAAUAAAGACUGCUGAGAACUUGCGCAAGGCACCAAGCCCUCAGCUGCUCCUAACUUGAGGCAACUGAUUCUCCUGUUCGGUCACUGCUUUAAAAAGGGAGAUGUGUUUGUGGUCUGUCUGGCUGAAGGUUCACAUAUUGUUGUGUUCUAUUUCUUUUCAGUUCCUCUUUUACAUGUUAUACCAUGAUGUCUUUCAGAAUAGAAUGUGAUUUCACUUCUACUAUUUUCACAGUUUUAAUUCAGAUUUAUUUAACUUCCACUAAGUAAAGUUGAGUUUAAUACUCAAAAGGUCCUAAUGCAAAAAAGUGUAGUUGGCAACAAUAUCAGGAUGAUAAUGAAACAGGAAGGCAUCUGUAAUAAAUAUAAAAGCAGGCUACUGGAAAAAUUUGGGUCAGGAACUGGGAAGAGGCCCCUUCAUUACCUAUUUAAAUCAAGGACACAAGGCUCAAAUAAAUCACUUUAUAAAGCAGGUUAACACCCAACUGGAGUAUGUACUCUAAAAUCAGCCAAAAGCCACUUAGCAUGCGCUACUAAAGCAUCACUGAAGAAACUUAAAACAUAAUACAUUUGAAAAUAUUGAUGUGGCAUAAUGGAAAAUAGGUUUAAACAGAUUUAGCUCACAUGUUUAAAAAAAGUUACCUAACAAGCUCCCAUUUAAUCAGCAAUCCCUCCUGCCUAGAAGUUAAACUGAGUUUUUUUUUAAACUAGACACCUUCCCCAUUCCCUUUAAAUAAUACAGUUUUUUCUAUCAAAUCUGUACUAAUCAAAUUUAUCACUUUAUUAAUGUUUUGGAAGAGGUGGCAUCCUCAAUGAUUUGGCAUAAAUGGUAUAAUAAGACAUCUAGUAAUGAACAUAUUGGUUAAUCUUCUCUUAAGUAAAAAGAAAAUGGCUUGGAAAAAAUUCUGGCUUUUAUAUACAGUAUUCAAUACUUUACAUACAAUCUAGAUACCGCUAACUCCUUCUUAGUUGAUAAAACAUUACUGCAAUUAUUUUGUCAGUGUCAAAUAACGAUGGAAUGUUGGCCAAAUCUACAACUCUUACCACUUAAUCCUUCAAGAUAUCUUUUACUAUGACAGUGUGACAAUUGUGGUCAAGAAUACCUCAUUGUUAAUCGUCUUGGUUUAUAGGGGACAUUAUAUUGACAAACAGAAUUAUUUUGGUUCUGUUUGAGGGAAAAGCACUAAUCAUUUAAAUUUAUUUAUUACAGAUGUCUGUAGGUAAAUAAACAAUAAAAAAAAAAGUUCCAGGAAUGUGAAAACAUCACUAAAUUGAAGAACAAAUAAAGUCCUGCAGAAGUCGUUCUACCUUACAAGUGCCUUUGCGCAAGGCACCACACCCUCAGCUUGGAAAUGUUACAUGUUUGAUAAUGGAAGACUGUCACUGUAUCCACAUACUGUAGCAAUCUAUCCUCCUUCCAAUAAUUCACCUUGCUGUUGCUUUAAAGCAGGAACAUUUGUGGCACCUUGUUAUGCACUGAAAUGUUUAAAGUUUUUUUCAGUCCCUCGUCUAAAAGGUUUACCACAGUCUUUCUGUGUAUAUUGCAAUUUCACUUCUACAAAAACCAGACAGAGAGGAUGUUUGGACCACUACAGCUUUAGCAAAGCCACAAAGAAAGAAACAUACUCAGAUAUUAAGCACAGCAUUGGUGAAGGUUCCAUCUGUUGCAAAAAAGUUAGCUAUAUUGUUAUUGCUUUUUCCAGUCUCUCACUUAUACUGCUAAACUAGAAGAAAGUCAGUUUCAAUUCAGUUUUCAAAGAAAUUCCAUUUAAAGCUAAUAUCUGCCCCCACUUCCCUAUUCUAUUCUGUUUUAUGUUCAUAGUUCAGCCACAAGGAUGUGAUUCAGUGUAAACAGCACUUUCAAAGAUGUUAUUAAAACCAAAACCACAGAAAUAA